ACCAUCUGCAGAAUGUCACAAUAUGGAGCCUAUCAUUUUCAGGGCAACCAUGGACGUCAAAGGCUUACUAUUACUGACCCUCCUGGCUGGGAUGGUUGCAGCGGAACCUCGGUACUCAGGAAGAAAAUUUGUUGCAUCGUUGUUCCCUAUAUCUAAAACCACCACCCCUGAUACAGUUACUGGUGUCCUCUUCAUCACACAUACACGACCAGGAACCUGCUCUGUCAUCAACGUGGACGGCACUGCACAUCAUGUACAGCUUCAGCGAAAUGUCACGGUAACGAAGUUCAAUCUUCAAUCGAAAUUCGUAACAUUUGGAGCGUAUACCCAGAUGCGUGCUAUAGAUGUUGAAUGCUCCGCUGACUCCCAGCUCUAUCUGCUUCUCCGGGGACAUACCAAUGGGGGUUCUGUAGCCUUUCCUGUACUGCCCGUGGACUCACUGUCUGCAAGAUACCUAGUGCCUUCUGUGCCAAAUAAUGCACUGCUGGGCGUGGUCGCUGUCACAGACAAUACAACUGUUACUAUUCAGCUUAAUACUUCGCGGAGUUGCGCUCUUACGUUCAAGGGCACAACAUACACGCGGGGAAGCCAGUUUACUGUUGUCUUGCAGAAGAGAGUAGUUCUCCAGCUAGCUCGUCCUGAAAUGAAAUCACAGAUGCACUGUGAUUUUGGAGGGUCGGUCGUUCAGAGCAGCAAACCUGUAGCCGUGUUUUCAGGAUCUCCUUCCUUAAACUUUCCACAAGAUACUAACAAUGCUGAUGCUGUCAUGAGUCAGAUACCUCCCAUUGAAUCUUGGGGUAAAACGUUUUUUGUUCGGCCAAUAGGAUAUAGGGACGGUAGUGUACUGCGUGUCUUGGCCGCCUACAACCAUACAACUGUUGUGGUCGAUUCUGGAGUCUAUGGAGUUCGGACGACACAGCUAGAUGAAGGCCAAUUUUAUGACGCACCUUACAUGCGAGGAGGAGACCUCUAUUACAUCAACAGCUCAAUGCCUAUACUUGUCCUCCAAAUGGUUGGAGUAUUUAAACAAUACAGCGUUUACACAUCCAUAGUUCCGGCAGUUGAGACCUAUGGUGUUGAGUAUGUUAUACCUGACAUUCAGACAUCAGAUAUGGAAUAUGGAUGUCAUGUCUCAAUUGACACCAGUCCCGCCUGCACGUCAAGCAUCAACAUUGAUGCAACCUGGACAACGUUUUCACGUCAUUCCCAUCGCAUCUCAACCGCCGAUAUCAUUGCUCCCCAUAACACGACUGCCAUAAGAAGUACCACCAAUGCAUGUCCAUUUGCUGUACAUAUAACUGGUUAUGGCUCUCGGGAAAUGUUUGGAUUUUUUGCUAUGACCGAUGUUCAGGAUACAGUUGUAUCAGACUCUCUAAAAGUGGCAUGUACGCCAGAACGUUGGUUUGUUACACUGGACACGAAAAAGCUAGCCUUGGGUAAUCCGGUGCCGAUUACUAAGAAUAUCUUCAUGUCCAACACAUACUGUCCCGGCUCCCUUGACGGCGACGUCCUUGUCUUCAACUUUACCUACAACGACUGCAACACAGAGACUAAGACAGGCAGUUCGUUGAUGACAUUUAGCAACUACCUGACCGAGUAUGAAAGAGAUCCUGAAACUAAUCUGGUGACCGGUUCAAAAUGGCGUUACAACAUCUACUGUGACCUGGCCCAGGGUGAAACUGACGUUAUUAACUUCGUUCCCAUCAAGCCAAUUGUGCCGACUGUACAAACAGCUGGCAAUACCGAACAACAGGCAACAGUCAUCACGUUUUACAGUGACAGUUCUUUUGAAAAUGAAAUAAUAGGAAAUCCUUUGAAGGUUGACCUCGCCUCAAGUGUUUAUGUUCAGGUUGCGAUGAAGGAUGUCCCUGACGCCAAACUUCUGGUGGACAACUGUAACGUCAGUGCCAACAAGGGGGCAGAUAACUCUACAGCUGUACGACUUCUUCAGAACAGGUGUGAAGCGAAUGACUUCACUCAUGUCAUAGGUCGUGUUGACAAACUUACCCGCUUCUACUUCGAUGCUUCUCAGUUGAAGAGUCACUAUGACAACAUCUACGUCUCAUGUAACGUCACUUUCUGUUCACUCACAGACUUUUCUCUGAAAUGUCAAAAUCGAUGUCAGAUGAAAUCGCGUUAAUAAAGAAUCCUAUCACACUAAAA